CUUUGCUUGUGAAACCCCGCCUCCCAGUGUGAAAGAGCCAACCCCUUCCAUAGCUGAGGUUGAGGCGCUUCCACCAAAGGCCUGUCUGUCUGUCCUGCAGGAGUGCAGAUGGAUCCAACACACAGUGAGAGCAGAUCUUCUUGUCUCCAUGAAGAACAAUGUCCUCUGACCUCAACCAAGAUGGAUCUGCAGUUGCCCCUGACUGAGGCAAGAAGUUCUGAGUUGGAGGAAGAUGCUUUGGGCUGUAGCGGCCUGAGCGCCAUCCCUGCGGCUGCUGUUGCACAGACUGAGGCAGAAAUAUUCCAACUAAAGACAGAGGUAGUGGAACCAGAAGAAGCAGCUCAUGUACAACCCACAAAAACCUCAGCAGUUAACAGGGGCCCACGAGUGGGUUCUCCUAGAGAAGAAGAGGAGGAGGAUGAAGAAGCCGAUGCCAAUGAGCACAAAGCCACAAUGAAGACUGAAACGUCUUGUUUCCCUCCAGCAGAAUCGGAGCCAGAAACCCUACAGAUAAAGGCAGAGAAAGACCAACAAGACCUUGAAGACCACUUGGUAGCCUUUAUACUCAGUGAGAGGAAUUGCUUAGAUAAUAAAGAGAGUUUUGGCUUAGAUGGACCCCAAGAAUUUCAACCCAGUCCAGAAACCAAUGAAUUCUGCUGCUGUUCAGAUGUCUUGGAUCCUGGGGGGGUUUAUGGGCCAGCAGAGUGUAAGCUUGAGUCCAGUUGCCCGGACGAUAGAUUCGGGAUUCCCGACAACUUGCAGAUACAUCAGCUGCUCCAUGGAGGAGAAAAGGCUUCUGUCUGCAGAGAAUGUGGGAAAAGCUUCUCUCUAAUCCACAAGCACCAAAGGCUGCACACGGGGGAGAAACCAUUCACAUGUGUAGAAUGUGGCAAAAUGUUCUUCCUAAAGACCAGCCUUCAGAAUCACCAGAAGCGUCACACAGGGGCGAAACCUUUCAAAUGUCCAGAAUGUGGGAAAUAUUUCUCUCAGAAAUCCAGCCUGUGCACCCACAAGAAGAUUCACACCGGGGAGAAACCAUAUACGUGCUCAGAGUGCGGGAAAAGCUUCUCUCUAAAGAGCCGGCUCCGCCAUCACCAGAGAGUGCACACCGGGGAGAAACCGUUUGUGUGCACCGAAUGUGGGAAAAGCUUCUCUUUAAAAAGCACGCUCAAUGCUCACUGGAAUAUUCACACGGGGGAAAAACCAUAUACUUGCACGGAAUGUGGCCGAAGCUUUGCUCUAAAAAGCAGACUCCAAAAUCACCAGAGAGUGCACACUGGGGAAAAACCGUUUACGUGUACAGAGUGUGGCAAAAGCUUUUCCCUAAAGAGCACGCUCACAAACCACUGGAAUGUUCACACAGGGGAGAAACCAUUUCAGUGCACCGAAUGUGAGAAAAGCUUCUCCCUGAAGAGCCGACUCCACCGGCACCAACGGCUGCACACAGGGGAGAAACCGUUUAUCUGUACAGAGUGUGGCAAAAUGUUUUUCCUUAAGACCAGCCUCAACAAACACCAUGAAACUCACACCGGGCUGAAACCCUUCAGCUGUACUGAAUGCGGGAAAAGCUUUUCUCAGAAAUCUAGCCUUUAUACCCACAAUAAGAUUCACACCGGGGAGAAACCGUAUACGUGCACAGAAUGUGGCAGAAGCUUCUCUCUAAAGAGCCGGCUUCUCCAUCACCAGCGAGUACACACCGGGGAGAAACCAUUUACAUGCACAGAAUGUGGCAAAUGCUUCUCUCUGAAAGGUACACUGACUACCCACUGGAAUGUUCACACAGGGGAGAAACCAUUUAGCUGCACAGAAUGUGGGAAAAGCUUCUCUCUAAAAAGCAGGCUCCGCAAUCACCAAAGAGUGCACACUGGGGAGAAACCCUUUAGGUGCACCGAAUGUGGGAAAUGUUUUUCUCUGAAAUGCUCGCUGACUGCUCACUGGAACGUACACACGGGGGUGAAACCAUUCAUGUGCACUGAAUGUGGGAAAAGCUUUUCCCUAAAAACCAGGCUCCACACGCACCAGAAAUUGCACGCAGACGCCACAUGUUACACAUGUUCAACCUGCGGGAAGAGUUUCUGCAAGAAGUGGGACUUCUACGUCCAUUGUAACAUUCACACCACGGAAAAACGGCUUACCUGUGCCGAGUGUGGCAAAAACUUCUCUACACAAGGCGUCCUCCGUAAGCACCAGAAAAUCCACACAGGGGAGAAACCCUUCACGUGUACGGAAUGUGGCAAAAGCUUUUCCCUAAAGAGCAUUCUCAACCGGCACCAUAGAGUUCACACAGGGGAGAAACCCUUUACGUGUAUAGAAUGCGGGAAAAGCUUCUCCCAGAAAAGCUCGCUUGACCUUCACUGGAAUAUUCACACCGGGCUCAAAUCUUUCUCAUGUACCCACUGUGGGAAAGAAUUCUCUCGAAAGAGCAGGCUUACCAUUCACCAAAGGGUCCACACAGAGGAUAGAGGCUUCCCUAAUACAACUGGAACUCACUGCAAUACCCACAUGGGGCAGAGACAGUUUCCAUGUAUGAACUGUGAGAAAAGCUGCUUGCAUGACCACCAUAAAGAUAACACGGCGGCCUAUGGGAAAAGCCGGUCUCAAAGGGGAUACCUUGAGAACCAUCAGAAAAUGCCCACUGGGGGGAAACCAUUCAGAUGUACAGAGUGCGGGAAGAGCUUUUCUCUAAAAUCCACACUUUACAAGCACCAUAUGGUUCACACAGGGGAGAAACCUUUCAGCUGCACUGAAUGUGGCAAAAGCUUCUCUCUAAAAAUUAGACUGCGCUAUCACCAGAGAGUGCACACCGGAGAGAAACCCUACAUGUGUAACGACUGCGGCAAACGCUUCUCUCUGAAGCCCAACCUCAAUGUACACCAGCUGCUUCACACCGGGGAGAAACCGUUCACGUGCACCGAAUGUGGGAAAAACUUCUCUCUGAAGAGCCGACUCCAACUUCACCAGAGAGUGCACACCGGGGAGAAACCAUUCAAAUGCAACAAAUGCGGCAAAAGCUUCUGCCAUAAACGUACACUUACUGUCCACUGGAAGGCUCACGUAGUGACUGAGAUAAGGGGGGAAACCAGAACAUUAAGCAGCAUCAUAAAUAAGAGUAUAAUGGCUUCCUUCUCUGCCAGCGGUUUAACUGUGACUGAAGGGGAAAUACUGACUAUAAAAACAGAGAAAGAAGAAGCGGCCUGUACAGGGAAUCUGAAUAUUAUUCACUCUGCAGUUGAUACACUACCUGAUAGGAAACCUGUGCCAAGAGACGUGAAAUGUGAGAGGGAAGGGUUGGGCUCAGUAAAGAUUGAACUAAACUCAUCACCUCUGGCUGAAUCUGAACCUGAGUCCGACCCAGAAAUCGUACAGAUAAAGAUAGAGAGGGAUGAACCCGAGGCUGAGGAUCACCUAAAUGCCAUAAAGAGGAUGGUGGUUAGGAUAACUGACGAGGAGAACAGUCUCACUGACGAGGGGAACCGGGGCUCUGAAAUGACUGUGCCUUUGUUAAUACACCAGGGGCUUCCAUUAGCCGAAGCCAGCGACUCUGCCGAUAUCCUGCAUAAAGCGAGGGAACAGUUACAGAACGUCGGCUUCCUACUGGCCCAGCACAAAGCACAGACGGACGUAGAGGGGGUCUCAGGCACAAGGUAUGGGGACUGCCCAGAAAGCUCCCAAUCAACCUGUUACAUAUGCUGUAAGUGUGGGAAAAGCUUCUCCGUGCAUAGAGACCUCCUCACCCACCCCUGUGCCGCCGCUAACAGCCCCCGAGGGAGCGUUGCCGAGGGGAACACUUUCAUUUUCACCAAAAAUAACAUUCACCAAAUGGUCCACAUAGAGGACAGGCCUUUCAAGUGCACGGAGUGUGGCAAAUGCUUCUCCCAGAAAAGCAACCUGCGCAGUCACCAGAAGAUUCACACGGGGGAGAAACCAUUCACCUGUACAGAAUGCGGGAAAAGCUUCUGCCAAAAGAUCCACCUUAUUCGGCACCAGAAAGUUCACGCAGUUGAGCAGUUGGUUGCAAGCGAGGCAAAUGUCGCUCACAUCCACGUCCUCUAUGCCAACCAUAAGAAUGAUACGGAGGAGAAACCGUUCCCCUGCGCUGAGUGCGGCAAAAGCUUCUCCCAGAAGGGGCAGCUCAGCAAACAUGAGAAAACCCACUUAGCGGAGAAACCCUUUAACUGUACAGAGUGCGGGAAAGGUUUCCUGAGAGAGAACGAACUGUAUAUCCACACGAGAGUGCACACAGGGGAGAAACCAUUCACCUGUACGGACUGCGGCAAAAGCUUCUUUCAGAAAAACAAACUCAACCGGCACCAGAAGGUCCACUCGGGGGACAAGCCGUACGCGUGUUCCGAAUGCGGGAAAAGCUUCUACGAAAGAUGUGUCCUUUACACUCACCUUAGGGUUCACACCGGGGAGAAACCAUUCGCUUGCCCAAAGUGUGGUAAACGGUUUUCCCAAAGGAGCACCCUAUACAAGCACGACAGGAUUCACACGGGGGAGAAGCCAUUUACCUGCGGCGAAUGUGGGAGGAGCUUCACGCUAAAAAACCACCUUCACGAUCACCAGAAGACGCACAGAGGUGAGAAGCGGUACUCGUGCGCGGAAUGCGGGGCGAGCUUCUCUGUGAAGGACAAACUUCUAAAGCACCAGAAAAUCCACACUGGUUAGAAACCUUCCUGGAAAGCACUUGGGCCAAAAUGGAACCAGAGCCUUGUUUUUAACAACCAAUGGGAUUGGGUACUGACCUAUAUACCCCAGGCUCAGUGCUGCUCACUUCUGGGUUCUCCAGUUCCUUACAUGUGCUUCACUAUGUGAGUGUUAGGGGGCGACAUCUCUCUGCAGACUACAGGGAUUACUAUAUAAUCAUUCCCGAAGCUGAACUGUACCACCCAACAUUCCAAAUGUAAAACUUUAGGAACACAUGCACAGCCCCACGCUUAUUUUGGGGCGAAGAGACUUGAACUCGGGACUUGGUGAUCAGCUGUUGCCACUUCCUGGUGCCUGAGAGCGAGGCCAUCACUGCCCCAGAGCUAUAGCCACAUUCCCAGCUGUAUAGACCUGUGCAGCCAGAUAAGCCAUUGCAGCACCCAGUCUGACCCCUGUGUCUCUUGGUUUUUCUGCCAUUUCUUUUCCAAGCCAUAGUUGUAUUUUCUUAUCAGCCUCUUAUAGAUAAAUGCAAAUAAAAUAGUUUACAUACAGUGGGUGCCUAA